GAACUUCCGGGAAAACACUAUUUUUAGAAUAAACAUGAACCUUCAACACAAUAUGAUUAACAGAACGAGAAUGAUACACGACAGUUUUAACCAGUGAAUACUGAAGUUAUAUGAAGAUGAAUUCGGAAUUAAACAGAAGGAUAUCAACCACAUAUUCAACGAAGCCAGAUUUUUGUAAGAGUGUUUUUAAAAGAAGGUUUGUUAAUCUGACUGAUAGUAACCAACACGCUGUUCGAACAAAUCCUGCUCUCGCCGAUACACAUAAGUGGUAUUUUCAUAACUUUAUGUCUCCUAUGGGUGACAGUGUUUUAAUGUGUGAUUAUCUUAUCCCUUAUUCAGAUAACAUGUUCGUUAUUAACGCGUAUCAAGCUGUCGGAUCAGGAUGGGAUGACUAAUUAGUGUCGGGUUAUGAAUCCAUAUGGGACAAAAUGGCGGUGUAAGGACAAAAAACACCCCGUACCUGAAAAAGGUCACGUAACUCCAGUUUUUUUGCGUUUAGACAGUACUGGUGAAAUUACAUCAGGCAGCUGUUCAACUGAUAGAUACAUACCAGACAUGGCUACCCUAUUUGACUCUGCUUUUAUGAAAUUACAUGGGACUAAAAGAGGUUUUAUUAAUUAUAGUAGUGCACCGAACGUUAUGCCCAUGAAUAUGGAAAGUGAUUUUGUAUUGAAUGAGUUUAACCAAACACAAGCUAUGAAUUCACAUAGCUCACCAUACUCUGCCCCACAUUGGGGCUGUCGCAAGAAAACACCAACCCGGCCUAAUAGUUGUGCCUUUUCAAAUUUGAAAAACUCUACAAACAUUUGUACCCCAGAAUUCAAGCAUUUCCAGCAUCAGAAAACUGGAUUCCACCCAGCAGUGACAGGUCACCAUCUUGGACAGAGGUACCCAAAUAGGGCUUCUCAUAGAGGACAACAUGUGGAUGGACACAGGUACAGCCGUCGACCUAGAUAUUCAUUCACGUCUGACCGAGUUCCAAGUGAUUGUUCUAACUGGAGAAAACCCACUCAAGAAAACAUUUUGCAAGAUGAUAAAUUAAUCAUUCAAGACAGGUUGGAAAGUACAACAGAGCCUCUCAGAAGAAGUGAUAGUACUAGUGAAACUUUGUCGCAUUCCAAAAAUGUCAUUGACAAUGAUAAAACUCCCAAGCCUGUGAUAAACAUUGAAUGUGCAAUGCCAAGUCAGAAAAAGUCAUGUGAAGACUUGCAACUUAAAGUGGAAAAGCCUGAUAUAUCUACAGUCCCUGCCACCAAAGGCAAAGAACUUGACGCAGGCAGCAAUGGACACAAAUCAGCAUCUGUCCAAAUUAUUGAUUGGUUUGAAUGUGAUCAGUCAGAAGAAAUUGGGGGGUCAGACGUUCCUCAGCGAAUUGGUUUCAGAGUGAGGACAGUGUCUAUAGACUCAGAAACAUCCAAUGAUUCGUCAAUUAACAACAAAACUUUGCAACGAGAAGCAUCCGUUAUAAGUGACAUAUUCCAACCAGAUGACAAUGUGAUUCAUGUGACCUGUAUGUUUGAGGAAAAUGAUUUAAUACCUACAAAUAAAGACAAUGGAACAUCAUCAGAAAUUCAGCCAAAUGAACAUCAGUCUUGCUCAAAAGAUGAUCAUCGUAAAAUCCCUGUUGGAGUGUCUAAUACAGAGUCACCACAAAGUUCUAAUUGUGCAGAGAAGAAAAGUGAGCCUUCCGAUUUAGAUAAAGACUAUGCAAGAAGAAUUGUGCUAUUAGUUAGAAAUAGUCAUAAAAAGGGAUGCCGUCCAUCAGCAAAGAAGCGAAGGCGUUCCAAGGCUAGAAAAGAAGAUCUAUCCGAAAUCCCCAGCUGCCAAGCAAAAAACAAUGAACAGAAAACUCGAUCACAGGAAAAAAAAUGUAAAGAAAAGGGUUCAUCUGCGAGAUCAGGUACAACUAAAAACUCAGGGUCUGCCAAUACGGUGGCAUUUCUACUUGGCAUAAAUUCCAACAGCUCACCUGUCAGUCCAUUACAACAGCAUUCCUUUCUGGUGUCCUUUGAUAGUGAGUCUGAUGACUUUUCAGAAGACAGUGGUGAUGAUUUUUCAGAUAGUGAUGGAGUAGAUGAGCUGGACUUUUUCUCCUGUCCAUUACAACUUAAUGUGUUUUGUCCUGUGAAACAACCUAUGGCUACCAACUCCCCUAAGGAACCCAGUCCAACCAACGGUUGUGAAAGUGACAAGAGACAACAGGAGAUACUGGAUGUUAACUUGAAAUGGAGCAUGAACUUUUCUAUAAGUCAACGGAAAAAAUCCAAAUCUAAGGUGACUUUUGCUGAGGGAGACCAGUUGUGUACAGUAUAUGAUUUGGAUGAUGAAGACCGGAAAUCACACUGGGAGGAAUGUGUCCGUGAUAGGGAACGAUUUCAACGCCGAAUUACUGAAGUGGGGGAGAUCAUGAAGCCUGUGUUAUCGAUGGAGAGAAGAGAUAGAAUUUAUCACCAAUAUUUAAAACAGAACUGAAGACAGACUACGAUACAGAUGAUGACUAGAGACUGAGGUUAUAAUGUGAUGGUUAUAUUAAUAUCAGUACAUACACUUAGAGGCACCUGGCCAAAAUAUUUUAUUUCUUGUUUCAAGGUUCAUGUUGAUACUCGUUUGUUUUAUUUUAAAUUAUUCAAUUUUACGAUAAUGGUUCAUUUCUUGAUUUGUCAUGAUUACUGUUUUGCUAAGAGGUCAAAUUAACUUUUAAAGUAAGUACACAUUAACUUGUGCUUAAAAUAUAUCUUCACUUUGAUGGAAGUGUGGUAUGCAGGUCGCGCUUGUACAUUGAAUUAAGAUCUAAAUUAUUAAUUAUAAUAGAAAGGGAAGUAAAAUGGUAAGUUUGCGUUUCUCUUGCUAGUCCCAACCAAAAGCAUUGUAAGAUGAAGAACUACCUGUCAGUAAUAUUAUGUCUGAUAACCAAAUAUAUAAUUACAGAUAUUAUUCUAAUUAGUCCACUUAGCAUGUGUCGUAAAGAAAUCUAAUGAUUUAACAUCACAUUAAUUGAGAAAUUAAAGUAAUCGAUGGAUCAGUCUCCAUAUGUACAAAACCCAACUCAAAGUAAUUUUCUUAUCUGUCACGCACUCCUUUAGGUUAGAGCUCAUCCUAUUAAUUAUGGGCAAUAUCAGAGUUAAUGUAUCGGUGUGUAUUGUGGUGAGUAAUCUGUGUAAACUGUAUUAAAAACAAUGUACACUGGUACUAGCUACAGAUAUCUGACAUUUCAACAUUAUCUUGCAAAUACGUAUUGAGACUUUCUGUAAUGGGGUAUGUUGUUAGAAGCAUGG